CAUGAUCGAGAGGAGUAUAAUUAACAUAUUCCCCUAGGAAAAGUAACGUUUUUUCGUACAAAUUUCAAUUAUGAGCUUGAAAAUCUCUCUUUCGUCCUUGCUGUUUUUCUACUUUGUGUUCUUUAUCUCUUCACAUUACAAAGAAACUGAUGCUUCUAUGGCGUCUAAAAAUGGCAAUGUUUAUAUAGUGUACAUGGGAGAUAACAAGAAUAACAAUGAUAUGCUUCUUAACUCUCUGUUAAGAAGGAAUAAGAAUGCUUUAGUUUAUAGGUACAAGAAUGGAUUUUCAGGAUUUGCUGCGCGGCUAACAGACUUAGAGGUACGUCAACUGAGUGAACAUCCAGGAGUUGUGUCUGUGUUCCCAGAUCCCAUGCUUCAACUUCAUACAACGCGUUCAUGGGAUUUCUUGCAAUACGAAACUUCUGUGUUGAUUUACUCCCAACCGCGCUUUAAUGCUCCUCUGUUGGCCUCUAAAGGUUCAGAUACUAUUAUUGGCAUUUUAGAUACAGGUAUCUGGCCAGAAUCGGAGAGCUUUCGUGACACAGGAAUGGACUUAAUUCCAUCAAGGUGGAAAGGGAAAUGUAUGGAUGGAGAAAACUUUACUUCUUCUGAUUGUAACAAAAAGUUGAUAGGAGCGAGAUACUACAAAGACGAAGACAGUGACACAAAAAUUCAGUCAGCUAGAGAUCAAAUAGGACAUGGAACACAUGUUGCAUCAACAGCAGCAGGUGUAUCAGUAGAAAAUGCUUCAUACUAUGGGUUGGCUAAUGGAGCAGCAAGAGGUGGAUCUCCAACAUCACACAUAGCUAUGUAUCGUGUGUGCUUCUCUGAUGGAUGUCCUGGAUCUGCUAUCUUGGCUGCUUUUGAUGACGCGAUAGCAGAUGGUGUUGAUCUGCUGUCUUUAUCACUUGGAGCUUCAUCUGCAUUUACACCUGAUUUCUCCACUGAUCCUAUUGCUAUAGGUGCAUUUCAUGCAGUCCAGAAAGGGAUUACCGUUCUUUGCUCUGCAGGUAAUGACGGCCCUUCUCCUCAAUCUGUAGUCAAUGUGGCUCCUUGGAUCAUUACUAUUGCUGCCACUACCAUUGAUCGUGACCUCCAAUCUGAUGUUGUCUUAGGCAACAACAAAGUCAUUAAGGGUGAAUCCAUCAACUUCUCAGAACUCGGAAACUCCCCAAAAUACCCAUUGAUCUCUGGUGUUGCUGCCAAGACUAAGUCUGCAACUGAAGAUGAAGCAAGGAAUUGCUACCCUGACUCAAUUGAUGCAGAAAAGAUCAAAGGAAAAAUAGUGCUUUGUCAGCAUCCAGACAAAAGUCGUUACAGUAUGAGGGCAAAACUAACGGUAGUUAAGAAUGGUGGCGGUGUAGGAAUUAUAAUAAUUAAUGAUAAAACGCGAUUAGUUGCCAGUAAUUCAGGCACCUUUCCAAUGACUGUGAUUACCACAGAGGAUAGUGCAGAAAUCCUUGCAUACAUGAACGCGACUGAAAAUUCGGUUGCAACAAUCUUAGCUACGAAAACAGUCCCCACAUUUAAGCCAGCUCCAACACUUGCCUAUUUCUCAGCAAGAGGUCCAUCAGCAGGCCUCAAUAACCUUCUCAAGCCUGAUAUUGCAGCACCAGGAGUAAAUAUUCUUGCAGCGUGGAUAGCUAACGACAAAUCAGGAGAAACCACACCUGAGGGAAAAGAACCUCCUGAAUUCAACCUGCUUUCUGGAACUUCUAUGGCUUGCCCACAUGCUGCAGGCAUUGCUGCCAACAUCAAAUCUCAGAAUCCCACCUGGAGUCCUGCUGCUAUAAGAUCUUCUAUGAUCACAACUGCGAUUCAAACCAACAAUUUGAAACAACCCAUAACCACACAAACAGGAGAGGAUGCCACACCAUAUGAUUUCGGAGCAGGGGAGGUAAGCCCCACAGGAGGAAUUCAACCAGGAUUGGUUUAUGACAUUGACCCAACAGACUACUUGCAGUUUCUGUGUUACUAUGGAUAUGAUACCUCCACUAUAAAGCUUAUUGCAGCUCAACUUCCAAGUGGAUUUUCUUGCCCUAAAAAUUCAAGCGCGGACAUGAUAUCGAAUAUCAACUACCCAUCAAUAGCUGUAUCUAUUAAUGCUACAACAGGUCCUGUGACAGUUAAGAGGACUGUCACUAAUGUCGAUAAUGAUGAAGCCACAAUCUAUACUGUUCUUAUAGAUAAACCUGCAGGACUAGAGGUAAAUGUAAGUCCUAAUCAACUCAAAUUUACAGCAGACGCCAACAAGUUGAGUUAUGAGGUUACGUUUUCUCCUCCUUCUUCUGUUAAGGGAAAUAUGUUUGGGGCGGUCACAUGGACAAACAACAAGUACAAAGUUAGAAGUCCUUUUGUUGUAAGCUUAAAUGGAGUUUAGUUUUUGUUUGAUAAUUAAGUCGAGGUUAGUAGGUUACUGCCUACACUUCUAUUGUACGUAAUGAUGGUAUUGGCUCUACUUAUUGGACUUAAAGCAUAAAGGCAAUAUUUGUUUAUGUUUUACAAA